AUGGCCCCUGUCUGCAAUGUGCUGGUUGCAGUGUUGGGAGAUACUGCAGAAACCAAGGUUUCUGCUUAUGGCAGGAAGAAGCCAAGAAUGAUAGCAGGUUUUGGCACGACACUUGCCAUGGCAAAAAAGAAGAACCCAAACUGGUUCAGUAAGGGUAUUACUGCCACAGCUGCAUUACCAGAAAGUGGUUCAUCGCUGGCCUUACGAGCCCUAGGAUGGGGCUCCUUGUAUGCAUGGUGUGGAGUUGGACUGAUAAGUUUUGCCAUCUGGAAGGCUCUGGGUGUUCACAGUAUGCAAGAAUUCCAGAUUAAAAUGCAAUCAGUGUUCCCAGCAAUUCCUAAAAAAAGCGAAUCUACUGUUGAAUGGGAAGACUUACUUAAACCCAAAUGAAAGAAGCAGAAUAAUUUGGAGAUGUCUCUUUCAGCAAGAAUGGCAGGGAAACUACUGGAAGUGUCCCAUCUGAAAAACAGAAAAGAAAACUCAGACUGAGUGAAUUACUGAAUUCACUGAAUCUAGAGAUGCCAGUGAACAUCUAACAACAGGAGAAUUUAUAAAAACAAUUUAUAUUACGCUGUAUUUUUGCUGGUACUUUUUCAGCCUGUUUGAUAUAGUUGAUUUGUGAGGAAAUCCAAGAUAAGUUGUAUCCAUCUUGAAAAAAGACUGUAUCUUUUGAAAACUUGAAGAAGAAACCAAUCUUCAGGAGUAAAUAUGAUGAAAAUACAACAGUAAACUCUUAUCCCGUCCUGCUUCUCAAGAGAAAGAGAAAUUUUAGGAAAUUUCUCUAGGAAACAACAGUACUUUCAGUGCCAUUUACAUGUCCCAUUAGGAAUAUAACCAUCAAGUAAAUUGCAACAGAUCUGUUAAUGAGCCUGAAGGUAAAGCAUACAGUGGACUCUUCUAAAAAUAAAGGAGAUAUUUAAAGUUGCAAUAGAGGAAGUAUCUGAACCACGCUAUUUUUGAGUGUCUGGAGGGAAAGCUAAAAGCAUCCAGAAUGCAAGGAAUGAGCUACUGAGCUUCUCUGUAGAGCACCAGAAGAGAUCUCUACAAAGUGAACUCUGUUUCCUCAGUAGCAGCUUUUUUAUUGGAUCCUACAAUAGCAAAUCUGAUCAUCUGCAUAGAAGCUACUAUUAUAGUUGUAUAGAAAUCUAAGUUGUAAGUGAAAAUGGCAUAAAAUACUGAGACACCCAGUCUGUCUUAUGCAACAAAUAUUUUCAGCUAAGAAAAUAUAUGGUCAAGUAUAGCUUUUUGUAUUUCAGUGGUUCCUGUGGCUCUUCUACCAGGAGAAUCCUAAGCAACAUGUUAUUUUUCACACCGCAGUAAUUUCAUGAAGUGUGGGCGUAAACUAGGAAGAAUAACGUCUUAGUCAAACACUGUAUUUGCAGAACUGUAGAUCUCUAAAACUGCAGAAAUAAAAAAAAAUGCUAUCACUGAACAAUCCUUUGCUGAAUGCUCAAUUUGAUCAAAUUUUUUAUUAAUUGCACACAGUCCAAUUAGUCAGCUGUCAGAUUUAAUAAAGUCCUCUUAAAAUCUGUCCUUUAUGAUUAAAUCUUUAGACUCUUAAGAAAGAAUGUUAAAAAAAAACCUUUAAAUGUCAGAUGAAUAAUAGAGAAGUAUGGUUUCCCUUUGAAAUAUGACAGCACAAAAGUAAUACUUUAAAGAAACUGAAGUGUAAUAGCUGACAUUUUUUUCCAUAGCUUGAUGCUUGUAAUCCAGUAUUAAAUAAAUUGUGGUGCAUGCUGCCAGCAUACACACAUGAAAAAUGGUACUAUUUUCAUAUUUUAUUAGUUUGUGCACAUGCUGAUGCUUGUAUUGCCUAUGUUUAUGCAUGUUAAUACUGGCUUACCAAGUUUAAAAUACUAUUCAUGCCAUUAGAGCUAGUCAAGUGGCAAACAAAAUAAAUGCAACCCUCAUAAUGUCCUUAAGGUUGCUCACCUUUAUUUUCUAAGGUGGGAUUCAGGCAGGUCACCUAGCUUUAUCUGGGCUAAAAAACUUUUGGCAAAAAUCUAAUAUAAACCAGUCAUCUAAGUUCCCUGCACAGUCAGCAAAGGCAGAUAGAAAUGUUCAAAGAGGGAACAGUAGUUCAUCGUACUAAAAUGAAAGUCUGAUCCUGGAAUUUUACAAAGCAUCUGAACUGACCUAACUGGGGGCUGCAUAUGAGAAAGUCUGCCCUACUCUUGCUUCCCUCCCAUCAACCCAGUGACCAUAUGAGAACGCAGGUCAGGGGGCUAGCAACCCUGCAAAAGAGUAGUAGUUUUCCAGUGCUUUAGAGCACUGCUGGAGGGUCAGAAAAGUGCUAGUCCUAGCACAAGAGCGCUCUCCCUUUUCAUAAUAGCUAGCCACGGGAUCAGUCUAGCUGUAUUGUAAGACAUUCCCUUAUGAUAGGUAGGAUGAAUCAAAUCUGGAGGCACCCAGCUGUAUGGAAACAUCAAAUUAUGAUCUUCAAAAAAUCCACCAAAGCUAGUGAAAUUUACAGACAGAAAUCUUUAAAAUAGAAUCAUGCUUAUAGGCAAAUACAGAGUGAUCUAGUAAAUCAGUGUUAAGGUUUAAGACUGAACAUAAAACAUCUUCCAAAGAGGGAGAAAUUCAUAGAUCAUCUUAUUAUUCCAAGCUUUAUUCUGUGCUUUUGGCUGGAAACAGGUUUUUCUCUAGAUAAAGGUUUAUGUAAAAGAGUAAGAACAUAAUUUAAAAGUAAAUUAAGUCUCGAGCCUAAUGAAAAACAUGGCAGUUGCGUAUUUUCCUUCUUGCACUAUGCAGCUCUUUUCCCUAGGUGAACAUUCUGCUGGAUUUGUGAUUUUUUUUUUUUUCCUGUUUCUGAAAAUAUUUGGCACAGAGUUACUGGAAACCACAACAAAACCCUGGAAAACAUGUCCUUCUCUGAACAAAUAUAGGGGAAAAGGGCAUAGUAUACUAACAGCAACUACAUACCAUGGUGUAUGAAGUUACUGCCACUGAGCAAAUAAAAUUCGGCAAAACCCAUCAGACAUUAUGCCAUGAAAAACUAAACUGAAUUUCAAGACUUAAAUAGCUAGAAAUAGACAUAAAAACAAAAAACUGAUGGGUCCAGUGGCUCCUUAAUUGCUUUUUCUUUUAUUUAAAAAGCUGUUUGCUCUUUGUGCAUCAAGGGAGUGCAAGAACAAAACAGAAGAGGAAGGUUGUUUUCACCAUCACCUUUUCUAGUGCAAGGAGUUACACUAAAAUAAGGAGUUGUUUGCAGAAUGGCGAUUGGAAGUGUGUAACGUAGAAAAACUGCAGUGAGUUUCAAGUUUUUUCACGUCACUUUUCAGUGAGCCUGUGUGUUUCAUUUACAGUGGUUUUCACCGACUUCUUGUCACAUUUAGUUAUAAGACUCAUGGAGACCACGUGUGUUCCUAAAAUUAGCCUAUAGGCUAUUACUUAAUAUGUGGGUUCCCUCCAUACUACUAUGCUGCUUAGAAACAAAAAGAGAAAUGGGAAAACAGCACUGAAGAGAGCUCAGUAUAGAAAACGGUUGCACAAGAAAGAAUUACGUGAGGCAACACUGUCGUUCUCAUGGUUAUGAAGAAAAACUCCUCAACACAGCCAGUCCCAAGGACACUCACAGUGUCUUUGCUGUGGAAGGUGACAAAUGAAAACAAAGUGGAAACACUUGUCUAAUUUGGUCCACCGCCCACUCUGGUGAAAAAGUCUCAGGGGCUUUUGCUGUGAUUUUUGUCACCUACCGCUUCUGCUGACUUAAACCAGACUUAUAAGAGCUCAUCAUUUUUGAAAAUUCAGGUCACCUAACAUACACACCGAGCAGACUGGCCUUCGAUAUUUAGGCUGUCAUUCAAAACUCUCCAGAGAGUUAAAUGCCUGAAACUCAAUUAAGGAUGAAGAGCUGAAUCAACACUGCUAGAAUCUGAGCGUGUGGGUGCAGAAUUUCUAGAUGUUUCUAACCCGAUAGUUAGGCCAGUAAGCAAUCCCAUCUGGACAAAUGGUCUAUUUUAGCGAUCAGAAUUAAGCUGACAGAAGUUUUUUUUUGUGGCUUGUCUAUUUCUUUAAAUACCAGGAACAUACUGUUAAAUGAGUUAAUGGGAAGAAAAAAUGUUUAACAGCUAAUGCAAUCCUUUAUGUGGAGUACCAUCUGUGUAUAGUGUUCUGGAUGCCCCAGGAUGUGGAAGAGAGGAAAUCACACAAAAUUUCAACCUUGUCUUCUUUACUGUCAUUAUCUUGGGCAGAGUAUGACAAAUAAUCACAUUUAUCUUCUGGAACGUAUACAGUUUUAAUCAACCUAUUAACCAGGAAGACAUUUUUCACAGACUUUAAAAGGCACAAAAAAGACAUUACCUCCUGAUAAGCAAUCCAUUUCACGGGUGCUAAGCACUAGAAACUCGAACAGAAUGAACGAGAUAAGUUAUUUUUCCUUUUACAUCUAAAUAAAGCUAUUUGCAGAGACUUUAAUCAAGCAUACUUGGGGACUAAUCCUGAAAUUCUGAAAGCCAAUAGACGAAUAACCUUUUGAGGACUGCAAUACAAAAAGUGUAAGAGAAAGUUUUUUAAUUCUCCGUAUCCAAAAAGCAUCAGUUUUGUUUGGUUGAGUAUUUAUUUUUAUGAAAGAGGUUUAACUAUUAAAUGGAGCUUCUAGAGAGCUGAGCCUCUGCUCAGCUGUCCAUCAGAGUGCCGAGCAGGCAUCCUGCAGAAUCACAAUAAUGCUUCCCACAAUUCCUCUACAGCAUUUUAAUCCUCUCUCUCUUGUAGGGAGUUUGCAGUGGAUGUGGGAACUAAACCAAAAUCGGGUUUAGUUCCCUCAAUUCAUCCAUAACAGAAACAGUUUCUGUGGUCUCCACAAUCCUUUAUCAGGCCAGUUUAUAAAUUUCUCUGCAGUGAGUGUGCUGAUGAAUGGGCAGAAAGAGCAGGAAAGUGAGAAGGUUUGCACAGACCACACAGAAGUGCUGCUGGAGCAAGUAACUUUGCACCUUUUCUUCCGGGAAUGUGCUAUGCAGAAGAUCACCAUGGCACCUCCUGGCUUUGAAAUCUCUGAGUCUAAGGAUUAAAGGUUUUUGAACACCGUGAGGAUUUGAAGGCUCUAGAAUGGCUCCUGGCACCCCUACAGGCUGGCAGUGUGAGAAAACAAGGAGGGGACACAGGCCUUUCAGUAACACUAGUCUAUGUACUCCUUGUCCACAAGAUCCACACACCCGUGGGGUCACUCACCUGCUGCCGUAAGGCUCCCCUCUCCUAGGUGAGGCGUUUUAGCAGCCACUGUUGCUCUGAGGAGUUGUAGCAGUCCGCACCACAGGCUCAGCAACAGAAACUGAAGGCAACAGACUCCCGUUGGUGAAGGUGAACGGCUUGUCAAAAGCAGAACAAGCACAUGAAUCGUGUGUGUGUGUGUGUGUGUGCGUGUGUGUGUGUGUGCGUGUGUGUGUGCCUGCGCACGCACACACAUUCGUGCAUAGAGUGAGAGAGGUUUAUACAGCCAUUGGACUAACAGUAACAGAUCAGUAUGUCUUCUUCCAUUUAACUUACCAACCAAUGGCUGCAAUACUAAACUGGGAUGGCAGUUUUAAAAGCCAUUUGACCUGACAGGGAGUAGGAAUGUGAAAGCCAGUCUUCUGAAUCACAGGAAGGUGUCCUAAACCAUCCUGCUAUUACACAUGCACAAACACUCAAGAACACUCUCUGUUUCAGUAGUUGCUACUGAAGCUGUUUCAUUUCAUAUAAAUAAUA